GUCGCAAAUCGUUUGACCGUAGAGGCAUGCAAUAAAUAAAUGAUCUCUCAUCACACACGUUGUGCAGCGUGGUUAGUAAAGGGCCUGUGAAGGGCAAGUAGUGGGAGAGAGCUUGGACAGUGUGCGUGGGGCCCAGUAGUAUCCUUGAUAACAUCGACGGUGCUGGGUCCGACAGAUCUGUGUAAGUAAGAAGAGCGGCUGACGAUGACGAUUCGUCGUGAUAACUGAGCGUGUAUGAGCCACGGACGGAUUGGUGGCUUCUGGUCUAUAAUCCUUCCUUGUCGUCUAGCCAGAGGGGAGAAACAGGUUGUCGACGAGAGGCGGGGAUUCUACUUCGUACAUAGAUAUAUACAUACAUAUCUAUCUUACGUUUGUGCUAUUUACGGUGAAGCUGGCGAACGUGGUUGUUCAUCCGUCUGUAGUUGACUUACGUUUGCUUGGGGGCGAGACGUGCGAUCGGGUCGCGAAGGAAACCAUGUCGCAGAGUUUGUAUCGAGCGCUGAGAAGGCCCCCCUCCUUGUCUACCAUGGGGGCCAGAAGGCUUGCGAUGGUCCUCAAUUCGCCAGCGGGUGCGACAGCAGAGGGCUUCAGUGGUGUUGUCGCUCGAAUUGCCCCUAUGUGUGCAGCUGCCACGUCGCUUUUCACCGUGUCAAGGCAAUCCGCUCUUGGCCCUGUGCCGCCAUUGCCACUCUCGGUUGUGAGAACGUCAUCCGUUGCUGGAGUUCGUCAGUACUCUUCGAUAGGUACGGCUAAUCCUGUCAGAGCGAGAGUUGCUGUGGAAGCGCCUCCUGCUCAGGACGUGGCCGAAGAUCACGAACUGGCAUCGAGUGCUGAUGUGGCCAAUUUCAUUCAGCAGAAUUUCAAGGCCUAUGAAGGUGACGGCAGUUUCCUGGCGCCCGCAACUUCUCGGACUCGCCAAGUGUGGGAGAAGUGUUUGGAACUACUCAAGGAGGAGCAUAAGAAAGGUGUGCUUGAUUGCGACCCCUCGACUCCCGGAAGUAUUCUGUCCCAUGGCCCUGGUUACAUUGACAAAGAACUCGAUCUCAUCGUUGGCUUCCAGACGGAUGCACCUCUGAAGAGGAUGAUCAAGCCGAAGGGUGGCUGGAGGAUGGUGGAGUCCGCGCUUGCCAGCUAUGGAUUUCCUAUUGACGAGCGUGUGAAGGAGAUUUUCACGAAAUACGUUAAGACGCACAAUGCAGGUGUGUUUGAUGCGUACUCGUCGGAGAUGAAGAUCGCGAGGCACGAGGGCAUUCUGACGGGUCUUCCCGACGCUUAUGGUCGUGGACGUAUCAUUGGAGACUACAGGCGCGUGGCGCUGUACGGCGUUGAUGCUCUUAUCAAGGGGAAACAGAUGGACAAGGCGGCGCUCGGUCAUCCUAUGACAGAAGAUGUAAUUCGUCUGAGGGAGGAGGUGUCAGAGCAAAUAAAGGCACUGAAGGAGCUUAAGGAGAUGGCGAAGCAAUAUGGCUAUGAUAUUGGGAAGCCAGCGCAAAAUGCCCGGGAGGCAAUUCAGUGGCUCUACUUCGGAUAUUUGGGGGCUAUCAAGGAACAAGACGGGGCAGCGAUGUCCCUUGGUAGAGUAGAUGCGUUUUUGGACACGUUCAUCGAGCGGGACAUAGCGAAUGGCACCCUCACGGAGGAGAAGGCACAAGAACUGAUUGACGACUUUGUGAUCAAGCUAAGGCUUGUCCGUCACCUGAGAACUCCGGAGUACAACUCACUGUUCGCUGGUGAUCCGACAUGGGUUACUGCUGUUAUUGCUGGCAUGGCGGCCGACGGUGUGGAAGUUGGUGGGAAACCAAUGCACAUGGUGACCAAGACGUCGUAUCGGCUGCUUCACACGUUGAGAAAUCUCGGACCGGCACCGGAGCCGAAUCUCACGGUUCUAUGGUCUCCUCAUCUGCCUCAGCCAUUCAAGGACUAUUGCAGUAAAAUCUCCCUGGAUUUGUCAAGCAUUCAAUAUAUGAACGAUGAUCUGAUGAGGGAAAGGUUCGGCGCGGACAACGCCAUUGCUUGUUGUGUCAGUGCAAUGACAACUGGGAAGAUGAUGCAGUUCUUUGGAGCUCGUUGCAACUUGCCCAAGCUGCUGUUGUAUGCGCUUAACGGCGGGAAGGACGAGGUAUCUGGGAAGCAGGUUGGUCCAAAGUUUGCUCCACUCUCGGAUGGACCUCUUGUCUUUGACGAAGUGAUGAAGCGAUACGAUGAAGCGAUGGAGUGGCUAGCGGGUGUCUAUGUUAACACGAUGAACUGCAUUCAUUAUAUGCAUGACAAGUACAACUACGAACGGCUGCAGAUGGCCCUUCAUGACACGGAUGUGCAUCGCACCCUCGCAUUCGGUGUCGCCGGUUUGAGUGUUGCAGCGGACUCGCUUUCUGCUAUUAAACAUGCCAAAGUCACUCCUAUCCGUGAUGAGAAUGGAAUGGCUGUUGAUUUCAAGAUUGAAGGCGAUUUCCCCAAGUAUGGCAAUGAUAUUGAGGAAGUCGAUCAGUUUGCAAGUGAUCUGGUGAGCUCGUUCAUCAAGAAAUUGCAGAAGCACCCCUCGUACCGAGGUGCGGAGCAUACAUUGUCAGUGUUGACCAUUACAAGUAAUGUGGUUUAUGGGAAGCACACUGGGUCAACACCUGAUGGGAGACGCAAGGGGGAGCCGUUUGCUCCAGGUGCAAACCCUCUGCAUGGCCGUGAUGAAAGUGGUGCAUUGUCGUCUUUGAACUCGGUUGCGAAGGUCCGAGUCUUGGGUGGCGAUGUGCAGUUUGUGCACGUGUCUCUGUGCGUGUGCAGGGCUCAUCAUCUCAACGUGAAUGCCUUGAACCGUGAAAUGCUGUUGGAUGCUAUGGAGCACCCAGAGAAGUAUCCCCAGCUCACAAUCAGAGUAUCAGGAUAUGCGGUGCACUUUACUCGCUUGACGAGAGAGCAGCAGAUGGACGUUAUCAGCCGGACGUUCCACGAAACAAUGUGAAGUGUUGGGUUCGCAACAUAAGGGCGUGUGUUCUAUCGACUUCUCUGAAACGGAAAAUGGAGUGGGACUAGCGUCCAGAGGUAUUUUCUAGAGAGCAGCAGACGGAUGUUAUCCGCAUGACCUCCUAUGAAACAAUUUAAGUGUCGAGCCGUCGAAUAUGCGAGGAGCACUCUCACCACAUCCGUGUUGCGCGACAUCCGCGUUGCGCGAGAACCGAGUAUUCUAUGGUCGCCCAGAUAUGACGAUAGUGGUGCUCGUUAUUUUGUUUGGGUGGGGUCAGCAGUGAGAAGAGAGUCAAGAGACUGAACAUGCAGUGCGUUGUUAUUACGAGAGGUUAGCUGGUGGCCCAGAAGCUCUACCAGCUGGCGUGGGAGAGUUCUGCUUUGUGUGCAAUUUUUCCAGGUCUACCAGCUGACGCGGGACUGAGUUCUUCUGCUUAAUGUGCAAUUAUUUUGAAGAGCCCAGUGUGAGAUCCGCGAAUCUGUUUUGUUGCUGUGUCACUACCUUCUCUCUUGAUUGUGAGAUCCGCGAAUCUGGUUUGUUGCUGUGUCACUACCUUCUCUCUUGAUUGUGAGAUCCGCGAAUCUGUUUUGUUGCUGUGUCACUACCUUCUCUCUCGAUUGAUGUACGGCCAUGUACAUAGAAGUGAUGGUGGUUAGUAAAUAAUUGUUAGCAGCAUGGUGCAUGUGAUAGACUUGGGGCAGCAUCUCUCCAGGUCGGUCUGGGUUAUUCUGUGGUCGAGGAGAAGGAGAGCAACGAGCUGGUGUGCUGUCUACCGAUAGAUUGGAGGUAUUCCAGGAUCCCAAGUAUGAUCGCAGUGGGGGCCCGGCGUUGCGGCUAUUCUCGUGUCUGCUGGACUCAAGGGGAGCGGGAGCAGUUUGUCGGUGUGCUGUCUACAAGGGAAACGGGACUGGUGUGCCGUCAUACGAUGAAGAGUGGAGUGUUAGAUCAGUGAAUCUGUUCGUUUGCCGUGCCACUCGUUUCUUUCUCGAUUGCUGUGUCCAUGUACAUAAGAGUGGUGGUGAUCAGUAAAUGGUUGGCAGCGUGGUGGCGUUGAUAGACUGGGUACAACAUCUCUCGGGUACGUUGCUUUGAUGUACUGGAUGCAGCAUCUCUUGAGGCCGGUGUUGGGUUUUUCUGACGUCGGGUGUCAAGGGUUAGGGGGACAACGAGCUGGUGUACUGUUUUUUUUUUUUUUUUUUUUUUUUUUUUUUGGAGUCUUAUCUCGUCGGCGUAGGAGGAGGACGGUGUUGGUUAUUGUUGUCUGGUUUCAAGGUGGCAAUUCAGUCCUUGUCCUUUAGGAAGUUUAGGUUCAAUUCCGGAUUCAUAGAUAGGUAGCUUUUUAAAGCGAUUGAGGGCAGUCAUUUUAAGGCAUGUCGUCAAAGCAUGAAGCUUGAGGUUGGGCGUUAUGUCGUGCAGUGAUCGGUAGGUGCUGCUGGUCGAAUCGGAGGAUAAUGCGUCAAAACUGCCCUUUUUUGCUCUCAAAGAACGAGGUUACAGUCAACUUUAAGUAAUGAACGCAGUUUAACUGGUAGAAUGUGCUAGACAGCACUCCGCCCGCCUUCUGAUGGGGGGACCUUGGAUGGAAAUCUGAAAUCUCAAUGUCGAAUGUUUGAAUCAUCAUGCUGUCGAACGAUCGCAUGGACAUUUACUUGUGACUGACCGGAGAGGCAUUUACCCUUUUUUGAACGCUGAUCUGAUAAUUUGAUAGAUGGAGUGAAGGGGGUGGUUAUCUUGUCAGUGUGACUGUGAUGUGAGAAACGUGCCCAUGUUGUGUCCUUAUUGCAAUUAAUAGUGAACAUUGCGGCAUCGG